AUGGCUCAUAUGAAAUUGUCAGGGUUAAGAGACAACUUCAGCCUUCUAGGUGAGAAGAACAAAAUCUUAGUCGCCAAUCGUGGUGAAAUUCCCAUCAGAAUCUUCAGAUCUGCUCAUGAAUUGUCCAUGAGAACUGUCGCCAUUUACUCCCAUGAAGAUCGUCUGUCCACUCAUAGAUUGAAAGCAGAUGAGUCAUAUGUCAUUGGUGAAGAAGGUCAAUUCACUCCAGUGGGCGCAUACUUGGCCAUUGAUGAAAUUAUUAACAUCGCUAAGAAACAUAAGGUAGAUUUCAUUCAUCCAGGUUAUGGGUUCCUUUCUGAAAAUUCUGAAUUUGCUGAUAAAGUCGCAAAGGCAGGAAUUACUUGGAUUGGUCCUCCUGCUGAAGUUAUUGAUUCCGUUGGGGAUAAAGUGUCUGCUAGAUAUUUAGCUGCAAGGGCUGAUGUCCCAACUGUCCCAGGUACUCCAGGUCCAAUUAAAUCUGUCAAGGAAGCUGAAGAUUUCGUCGCUCAAUAUGGGUACCCUGUUAUUAUUAAAGCUGCAUUCGGUGGUGGUGGUAGAGGUAUGAGAGUCGUUAGAGAAGGUGAAGAUAUAAAUGAUGCCUUCCAACGUGCAUCCUCCGAGGCAUUGACUGCAUUCGGUGAUGGGACUUGUUUUGUUGAAAGAUUCUUGGAUCAUCCAAAACAUAUUGAAGUCCAAUUAUUAGGUGAUAAUUAUGGUAAUGUGGUACAUCUAUUCGAAAGAGAUUGUUCUGUGCAAAGAAGACAUCAAAAAGUCGUGGAAGUUGCACCAGCUAAGAACAUUCCUCGUGAAGUUCGUGAUGCAAUCUUAACAGAUGCCGUCAAAUUGGCUAAAGAAUGUGGUUACAGAAAUGCAGGUACCGCAGAAUUCUUAGUUGAUAACCAAAACAGACAUUAUUUUAUUGAAAUUAACCCAAGAAUUCAAGUCGAGCAUACUAUUACCGAGGAAAUCACAGGUAUUGAUCUUGUUGCCGCACAAAUUCAAAUUGCCGCAGGUGCAUCUUUGGCUCAAUUAGGUCUUCUACAAGAUAGAAUUACUACUCGUGGGUUCGCCAUUCAAUGUCGUAUCACCACUGAAGAUCCAGCCAAGAACUUCCAACCGGAUACUGGUAGACUAGAAGUUUACAGGUCCGCUGGUGGUAAUGGUGUCAGAUUAGAUGGUGGUAAUGCAUACGCGGGAGCUGUCAUCUCACCACAUUACGAUUCCAUGCUGGUGAAAUGUUCAUGUUCAGGUUCCACUUAUGAAAUUGUUCGUCGUAAAAUGAUUCGUGCAUUGAUUGAAUUCAGAAUUAGAGGUGUUAAGACAAAUAUUCCAUUCUUGUUGACUUUAUUGACCCAUCCAGUCUUCAUUAGUGGUGAUUAUUGGACCACAUUUAUCGAUGAUACUCCACAAUUAUUCAAGAUGGUCUCUUCUCAAAAUAGAGCUCAAAAAUUAUUACAUUAUUUGGCCGAUCUUGCGGUAAACGGUUCCUCCAUUAAGGGUCAAAUUGGUUUACCAAAAUUGAAGAAGAACCCAGAUGUUCCUCAUUUACAUGAUGCUGAAGGUAAUGUCAUUAACGUUGCCACACCACCAACUGCUGGUUGGAGAAAGGUUUUAUUGGAACAAGGUCCAGCAGAAUUCGCUAAACAAGUUAGAAACUUCCAAGGUACAUUACUAAUGGAUACCACAUGGAGAGACGCUCAUCAAUCUCUGUUAGCUACAAGAGUCAGAACCCAUGAUUUAGCUACCAUUGCUCCAACCACUGCUCACGCUUUAUCUGGUGCUUUUGCGUUAGAAUGUUGGGGUGGUGCUACAUUUGAUGUUGCUAUGAGAUUUUUACAUGAAGAUCCAUGGGCUAGAUUGAGAACUUUGAGAAAAUUGGUCCCAAAUAUCCCAUUCCAAAUGUUAUUACGUGGUGCUAACGGUGUGGCUUACUCUUCCUUGCCUGAUAAUGCUAUCGAUCAUUUUGUUAAGCAAGCAAAGGACAAUGGGGUCGAUAUCUUUAGAGUUUUUGAUGCUUUGAAUGAUUUAGAUCAAUUAAAGGUUGGUGUCGAUGCUGUUAAGAAGGCAGGUGGUGUUGUAGAAGCUACUGUCUGUUACUCAGGUGAUAUGUUACAACCUGGUAAGAAAUACAAUUUGGAUUACUAUCUAGAAGUCACUGAAAAGAUCGUCCAAAUGGGUACUCACAUCUUGGGUAUUAAAGAUAUGGCCGGUACUAUGAAACCAGCUGCUGCUAGAUUAUUAAUCGGUUCCAUCAGAGCUAAAUAUCCUGAUUUACCAAUCCAUGUUCAUACUCAUGACUCUGCUGGUACCGCUGUUUCUUCAAUGACUGUUGCUGCCCUUUCAGGUGCUGAUGUUGUUGAUGUUGCAAUCAAUUCUAUGUCUGGUUUGACUUCUCAACCAUCCAUCAAUGCCCUAUUGGCAUCUCUAGAUGGACAAAUUGAUACUGGUAUCAAUGUCCAAAACGUUCGUGAAUUAGAUGCUUAUUGGGCUGAAAUGAGAUUGCUAUAUUCUUGUUUCGAAGCCGAUUUGAAGGGUCCAGAUGCCGAAGUGUAUCAACAUGAAAUUCCAGGUGGUCAAUUGACUAACUUAUUAUUCCAAGCACAACAACAAGGUUUAGGUGAACAAUGGGCUGAAACGAAAAGAGCCUACAGAGAGGCAAACUAUUUAUUGGGUGACAUCGUUAAGGUUACUCCAACCUCUAAGGUUGUUGGUGAUUUGGCUCAAUUCAUGGUUACCAACAAAUUCAAUUCUGACGAUAUCAAACGUUUAGCUAACACAUUAGAUUUCCCUGAUUCCAUAAUGGACUUCUUUGAAGGUUUAAUUGGUCAACCAUACGGUGGUUUCCCAGAACCAUUGAGAUCAGAUAUCUUGAGAAACAAGAGACGGAAAUUGACUACUCGUCCAGGUUUGGAACUCGCUCCAUUCAACAUGCAAGACAUAAGAGAAGAUUUAGAAACAAGAUUUGGCGACAUUGAUGAAUGUGACAUUGCAUCAUACAAUAUGUAUCCAAAGGUUUAUGAAGAUUUCCAAAAGAUCAAGGAAAAAUACGGUGAUCUAUCCGUAUUACCAACCAAGAGUUUCUUAUCUCCAUUAGAUGUGGACGAAGAAAUUGAGGUCACUAUCGAACAAGGUAAGACAUUAAUCGUCAAGCUACAAGCUAUCGGUGAUUUGAACAAGGCUACUGGUGUUAGGGAAGUCUACUUUGAUUUAAAUGGUGAAUUAAGAAAGAUCCGUGUCGUUGACAGAUCACAAAAGGUGGAAACCAUUGCCAAGCCAAAGGCUGAUGCCCACGAUCCAUACCAAAUUGGUGCCCCAAUGGCCGGUGUUGUGGUUGAAGUUAAGGUUCACAAGGGUUCUUUAGUUAAGAAGGGUGAAGCUGUGGCUGUCUUAAGUGCCAUGAAGAUGGAAAUGGUUAUUUCUUCUCCAGCAGAUGGUCAAGUUAAGGAAGUGUUAGUCAGCAAUGGUAAUGCUGUGGAUGCCUCAGAUCUAUUGGUUGUUUUGGAAGAUGCCGUCGCUCCUGUUGAACAAUGA